ACUUCCUAUGGUGGAAUCGUGUUGAGUUUAGAACUAUUAUUCAUGAAAAAUGUCCUAAUACUGUUAAAAACGGUAAUAUAUAUAUCCAUUCUGGUGAGCACACGAAGACCUACGAUUGUGAAUAAUAUAAGUACAAGAAUUGCAUUAAUGAGGAUGCCAACAUGGUGACCAUUCUGUGGAUCCUGGCUGCCCAAGUUUUUUUUACAGCAUGUGAAUCAACAAAUGGUACAGCAACAGGGCCAACAAUAGUACCCAGUGGAGUGAACGGUGAAUGGUCUGACUGGAGAAGAACUCAUUUCACAUCGUGUCAAACAGGAUGUGUGCGAACGGUCAAGUUGACAAGGACCUGCACAAACCCAGCGCCCUCUGGUGGUGGACGCCAGUGUAACGGGAGUAUCACCGCGGAGAUAUUGGAGACUUGCAUGGGAGAUAACUGUCUGAAAGUGGAUGGUGAGUGGUCGAAUUGGAGAAGAACUCAUUUCACAUUAUGUCAAAUGGACUGUGUGCGAGCGGUGCAGUUGACAAGGACCUGCACAAACCCAGCGCCCUCUGGUGGUGGACGCCAGUGUAAUGGGAGUAUCAGCGAGGAGAUAUUGGAGACUUGCAUGGGAGAUAACUGUGACAGAGUGGAUGGGAAGUGGUCGGACUGGAAGGACGAAAAUAUUGGACCAUGCCAAACAUCCUGUUGGCAGAUGGUGCGACUAACAAGAACCUGUACAAACCCAGCACCCUCUGGAGGCGGACGACAGUGUGUUGGAAGGAACACCAGUAAGACAGUGAAGAGAUGCAGGGGAGACAACUGUACAGCAGUGGAUGGAAAGUGGUCGGACUGGAAAGUGAAAAAUAUUGGACCGUGCGGAACAUCCUGUUGGAAGGUAGUGCGACUAACAAGAACCUGUACAAACCCAGCGCCCUCUGAAGGUGGACGGCGGUGUGUCGGAACGAACACCAGCAAGACAGUGAAGAGAUGCAGGGCAGACAACUGUAUAGAAGGUAUCAUCCUUGAAGAAAAUAGGUUAGGUACACAUGAAGUGGACGGACAGUGGUCGGACUGGGAAACUGAAAAUGUUGGACCGUGCCAGGAGUCGUGUUGGCAAACAGAGUGGCUAACAAGAACCUGCACAAACCCAGCGCCCUCUGGAGGCGGACUGCCGUGUGUCGGACAUAACACAACCAAGACAGAAAUGAGGUGCAGGGGAGACAACUGUACAGCAGUACUCCAAGAGAAAGGGUUAUUGUCGCAGCAAAGCAAAUCAGGGAACUGGUUGUGGAUACUAGUUAUGGUUGGAGUUGUUGUUGGUGUAACAGUCAAUGUGUUCACACUUUACAGACUUAAAAAAAGACGAAACAUCAAGGCAAACAGGUUGCGAGACAUGAUAGCACAUGCAGGACUAUCCAAGGAAGCUUCUUUUAAAUAAGAUGGAUUUCACGAAAACCCACCAUUAGAACUCGACACAUAUCCUUAUGACUUCAGAGUCUGAGACUUUCACGUCAUGGCAAUGCUGUGAUGUCAUUUGAGAUUAAGUUUGGACUCUUAGAGGUUUACAAGCACAAGCCCACAACAUUGAUCAGGGCCCGUGCUUAUAAAACUUAAAGUCUACACUUUAAUAAAGUCCAGACUUUAACGUAAUGCUAUUUGAAUGGCGUUGCCAUGCCGCUAAAGUCUGGACUUUACUAAAGUCUAGACUUUAAGGUUUAUAAGCACGGGGUCUGGUUCUGGUGCAGAAGAACAAAUAAUAUUUAUUUUGGGCUGAAUUUACAGACACAUUUUUUUUUUCUUUCUAAAUAUGUUUUGGGAACCCAACCGGCCUCAGAUCACAGUUAUCUUCAUAUUUGGUUGACCAAAAUACAGAAAUAUAUCUGUGCAAGUCGUCUGCUGUUUGAAAGUGAUUAUUUCAUAGCAGAAAGCUUUGAAGUGAAAUAUGUCCAUGCAAGUCAUCUACUGUUUGAAAGUGAUUAUUUCAUGGCAGACAGCUUUGAAGCGGUGACUGAAGUUGACAGGGGAGAGCAUGUAGUUUGCUAACGUGUAACUUUUUGACAUUGGAGACUUUUUUGGUGGUAAUUCCAGCCCAUGCAAAAGUAGUGUUUUUUGUACUCCGGCCAGGUUUUAAAAAAAGUAGUGUUUUUUGUACUCCAGCCAGGUUUUAAAAACAGCUAAUAUCCUGGGAGAAGAAGCUGGACAACAGGAUUUGUUAUUUUUAUGGUAUAUUGACCUUGGGCAGAAAUCACUUGUGUCCGCCCUACCCCACCCCUCUACACAUACCACCCACCCCUCUACACAUACCACCUACCCCUCUACACAUACCACCCACCCCUCUACGCAUACCACCCACCCCUCUACACAUACCACCCACCCCUCUA